AAAUAUUUCGUUUAAAGGAGUAUAUGAAGAUAAACGAGUUUUUAAUGUUGUAUACUCCACAGUGACAUAUCACGAAUUUUACAAGCGAUUAACAAAACAAACAACUGUGAACUAUUAUAAUUAUGUGGUCACCUAUAGAUGUGGAAGGUAUAAUUAACUCUAACAGAAUUAGAACGCUAUGGCGGUUGUUUUAAUUACAUCUUUAGUGACGUAGAUUUCUUAAGUAAACCAAUUUGCAUCACAACGAAUUAGUUGCCGGUUUUUUGACAAUUCGCUUGACAGCGUUUUUCGACAAACUGUUCACUUGGCUUAAGAUGCUUGUUGCAUUUCUGCGAAGUUAAAUCGGCGAACAUGUAGGUUCGUACAGGUUUGGGAUGGGUUGUAGCGGGUCCGCCCCUAUUCAAGAAUUCAACGCUGAAGAAAAUGAAGCGGGAAACCUCUCAAAAGAAAACAGCGUGAAAGAAAUCGCAGAUCAACCGCGGCAGGAAAAAGCCGAUGGGAUCGAAACGACAGCAAAUUCACUGCAGGACACGAAUCCAACAGAAGGAAAUCAACUAGGGCCAGACAAGGAAAUAAACAACCUCAAGCGAUCGAGACCGAAACGGGACAGGGAACAAAUUAUCGAUAACGCCUGGAGUAUAUCGAAAGUUAAGAAAAAUGUGAAAAACCUUGAAAGUUCGCAAUCAAGACCUAAGCCAGAAGGACUAGUUGAUUUGGAGAGCGAAUAUGGAAAAGACGGUGUUGACUUGGCUUCAAGUCACGUCUACGGAGACCAUCAAGAUAAAGAGAAAUUGAUAAACCACUCGUUGGGCGCCCGUAUGUCCCCCGAUGGAACUUAUUCUGUUGAUAACAGUGAACGAAUGAGCAAGCGACGGAGUUUUCACAAGGAAGAUACGGACGAGGUGUUCGACCCAUCUGCUUUAAUAGACAUUGAGAAAUUCAGAGCUGUAAAUGCCCCUACAAAACAGAUAUCAACUUCAAACAGCGAUUCAGGAAAACCAAACGUCGGAACAGACAAAAACGACAAUGAGCAAGAGGUCACAGCGGAUACUAUCGAACAUAAAGAGGCCGAGAUCGUCGUGAUAAAGCCACCAAACUACAGCGAAAUGUAUGAUGAUGAUGAAAAGCAAUUAAUUGCAAGCAUCGAGAACGAUUUCAAAAACAUUUCACCUAUCGCGCUUCCGGGAUCUGUGAUGUGACGUAACGCUAUGUGCCAGACAUACGGAGCCAGCAGUGAAAUCUACUGAGAGAAGCAGAGACAGAACCACUCGAUGGGACUCGAAGAUGCCACCAUUGUCACAG